AUGUACGACGAGCCAAACCACUUCUGGCAUGAUCAUGAUACACACAGUCAUGGAAGCAGGCGCAAUGACUUCAUACCGAACAACUUCUGUACCCAAUGCCGUCCUUGGCGAAACAAGUUUGGUGAAUUCAUCAUCCCCUGGCAGUUUUACCAGCGUGAACGCCCCGGCUUUUACUUGGCCGAUGUGGUGGCUGGGCCGCCUGGGGUCGACAAGCUUCUCUGCGGGUGGCCGAAAAUCGCUGAUCCAAAUCGCCCCCUCAUCGGCUUCGAAGUCAGCGUCAAAAGCGGUAUUGGAAGCGGCGCGGCGAAUCUGCUAGCCAAAAAAAUGGCCACGCUGGUCAUGGUUCUAGAGCCCCUGCUCCUCAAGCUAGUGGCACCAGGUCGCUGGCCCUGGGUGACUAGGGAGUUGACGGAGUAUACUUAUUUCCCAUGGUUUCCAGACUGCUCCGUGAAAUAUGGAUACGACUCUCAUGUGCCUCCGAUGGUAGCCACGAAACCAGAAGUGGCCAACGGCGGAGAGCCGGAGUACAUGGACACCAUGUUGAAAAUGACCUGGGGAGCCCCUUCGCUCUGUGAGCUUGAUUCUCGCCUCCUAACAUCGCCUCAGUUGUAUUAUGGCUUCUCCUUAAGCCUGUCCAAAGAACAUUGGAUGUAUAAAGAUCCUCGCCCCUGCCAAUCCCGGGAGUACGUAUUCGAGGACGAUUAUCGUCAAUAUUCUUUCCACGAGAGCAGACGCCAACAGAAUCUCGAAGAAGGCUGGUCCUCGUUUUGCUUCAAACAUCUGCAAACAACAUCUGACGACGUAUUACUUCGCAAUUGGGUUGAGGUCAUUAUCCAGAUCGUCGAGCUCGCUAUGGCUAGCCCUGAUGAGUACAAGAGAUGCCUCGAGGUCAUCUUUAGGAUCCAACAUGAUGAUAAUCACGAUGGUACAGCCUGGGAGCUAUUGAUGAGGCAGGUGCUUAAAUUAGAGCACCGCAUUCUAUAUUGGACACGUCAAAUGGAUAAGUAUGGGCGAGAGUAA